UUUUACGAAGGUGGGGAACAAUGGAAUAUAAAAUUGUUAUUAAUGAUUGUGUAUCGGAUCUCGAUACAAAAUGUUGCAGAGUAGAAUCCGAUUACGGAUGGGGAUCGAUGCAAGGGAGAGGAAAUUGAAGCAAAGUGAGCCAGGAGGAUACGCAUACAGGAAAGCGAUCAAUGAUAAACAUUCGAUUGCUUUCUUUUUCGUAGGUAUGGCUAUGAACCUAAACCUAGAUACUAGUCUGUUAACGGAAAGAGUUUUUGACGUGGAAAAUUUCACAAAUAUUACCAUUUUCCUCUACUUCAGUGUCGUUGUCAUAGUAUGUAUUCUUUAUAUGUUUCUAAUAAACCCAGAAUUCUGGCAACUUGUAGCCGCCAUCUGGACGUUAUCUGCUUCUCGUGCCUGUCAGGUUGUUUUGUCAGUGUUUGCUCACGGAAAGUCUGGGAGAAAUUUGUUUUUGUUGUUUUACUCAAUUAAUGGUUUUCUGAGAGGAAUCAUUUCACUUACUAGCACAUUUGUCAUUUCGAGAUAUUUUCUGAAUGAUUCUUAUAUUCACUUUAUUAACGGUAGUGUCUUCUUCUCAAUUUUGUCCUCAUUAUUGCAAAUUAUAGUCGGUCUUAUCAUCGGAGAUGAAACUGUUCGUCAAGUACGACGUAACUUAGUUAUAUGUCAGAGUGCGUAUCUCUCUGAGACAUUAUUUGCAUCAAUAUGGGUUACAAUCAUAUACCUAACAUAUCGAACAGAUCAACAUCCGAAAUCGGAGCAAGAAGAAAAGAAAUAUGAAAAGGCUAUCAAAAAGUUUACAUAUAUACAAUUUUACAUUUCUAAGUUUUUUGUUUCGUUUUUUGCAUCUCUGUUUCGUGUUGUUUAUCAUCCUGUGUUAAUUCCAUAUAUGAUGGAUGUACCAAACGUUAACAAGCUGUUGGCUUCUAUCGUUUUUACAUUUUCUGAGUUUUUGGGUAGAUUAACCACAUUUCAAAUUGAUGAAUAUAUCGAUGCCAGUAAAAAGGCCCAUGAUAUAUCGAAUACUAUAUUUUUAUUUAGACAGGACUUGCACUUGUAUUUGUUGUUUUGUUAUCAAUUUAUCAUCUGUACAUUAGCUGUUUACUCCACAUGGUUCCAGAAAUAUGGAAUCAGCAAGAAUCCAUACUUUGUAACUUUCAUAACCAUGACUUCAGGACUAGUGUCUGGUUAUAAUGAUAACCGAGCAGUUCGUGGUUCUGAAGCCGUUCUACAUUACUAUAGUAAAAUUAAAAAAAAUAAUAAUAGUACUUCUGCCUCUUCAUCUAGUCGUUCCUCCUCCACUUCUGACAAUUCAACCGAAAUUACACAAGAAGUUGCAUCCGAUACAUCCAAUGUUAACGAUAUCAUUACACUACUAAGUUACUCCUCCUUUUUGGUGGGAUGUUUGAUUUCAUACUAUUUCCAACAUGCGAUCAUUAGACGUAAGGAGACCUUGGAGUUCAUCAUUCUCUCACAUAAAAAGUAUAUAGAUAAAGAAUCAGUUAAAUUACUGGCAAAAAAACUAAAUUUGUAA